CCACCACUCCAGGACCGUCUCAGGUUUCUCGCUCAGGGGCCCAGGUAAAUUUAGUAAGAUGCAGGCCACUUGCACACGGCAGUCAGACACUUGACGUGGCCCACGGGGUGAAGACACGAUGUUCUAGGCUGCAGGGGAGUUUCAUAAUCAGCAAAGACUCGAGAUCCGCAACCCUGGGAUUACGCACAUUAUGGAAUCAUGAUAUCGGCGGAUGAUGGCGAAGAGCUGGAUGAGGCUGUCCAGCAGUACGCCCCUGACACAACCUGGAGCUGGACACGUCAGACCAUGAACUACGUGGGCCAGCUGGCGGGCCAGGUGUUCGUCCAGGUCAAGGAGCUGUACAGAGGCCUGAACCCUGCCACCCUCUCCGGCUGCAUUGACGUCAUUGUAGUGAGGCAGCCCGAUGGCUCGCUGCAGUGCUCGCCGUUCCACGUUCGCUUCGGCAAGAUGGGCGUCCUCCGGUCCCGAGAAAAAGUGGUGGACAUGGAGGUCAAUGGAGAACCAGUGGACCUGCACAUGAAGCUCGGGGACAACGGAGAAGCGUUCUUUGUGCAAGAAACAGAGAAUGAUCAGGAAGUGGUUCCUUCAUACCUGGCCACCUCUCCCAUUCUGACAGAUGUAGCCGCUUUAAUGAGCUCCUCUCUGAAAGGAAAGAGCUCUGGGCCACCCAUACAGACCGUGGGCUCCCAGGGGAGCAACGGAGAGACCGGCAGCGGGCUGAUGAAGAAGAGAAGGAAGAGGAGGAGGAAGACUAGGGCAGACAGCCUGAGGAGGGAGGAGAGCGGAGACUACUCUGGGACUGAAGACAUGUUUACCAUAGACAUCAGCUCUGAUGAAGAAACGGAGAUGGAAGGCAACAGGUCUUCGUCUCGGGAUGUCUUAAGAGAAGAGGUUGCUCCACCCAGCGGCUCUUACAAGCAGUCUGCCAUCUACACCCGCUCAGAUGGAGAAUGGAGUCCUCUCCAGAGCCCUGGAAACUCUCGACCUACUUCGCCCAAGAGUGACUCUGAGCUGAUACUCAAGCCAUCCGACGCAGACAGUCAGAAUCCGGCCAUGCACUGGGCGUGGGGAGAGCUGCCGCAGGCUGCGAAGCCACACUUCCUCCCGGACCCUCCGCCCGUUCGCACCGUAUCCAUCCCCGUAUCCGAGAGCACGCACUUCCGAGUGAUCGCUCGUGGGGCGUCCUCGGAGCCGCGUGCACCCUGUUCUGAAAAGACGCCGCUCAAGCUGCUGAUGGGGGAGAGAGGCGUCGCAGGGCGAACGCCGGUCUCAGUCGGCGUGGAGUCGAACCCCGCGAGGAUGGAGGAGGGUGAAGCCGCGCGUAUGAGCGUCGACAUGGAGGAGAUGGUGCCACGUCCACUGGGGAAGACAGACUCUCCUUCCGAGAGAAAGGACAAGAGGAGCCGCCAUCUUGGUUCCGAUGGAAUUUACCUGGACGACAUCACCGGCCUGGAACCUGAAGUGGCAGCCCUUUAUUUCCCCAAGAGUGACAGCGGGGCCCCAGCGAGGACCAUGGCCGACCCAGGCUUGCACGGCACCAGCCUCUCCCCACAGUCACUCAGCUCUGGAGGCGACAGCGGCGUGGACAGCUUCUGCGACCACAUGUCUGACCUGCCGUCCAUCGCCAUCUCCCUGUGUGGAGGACUCACCGACAACAGGGAGCUCACUAAAGAGGAGUUCUCGGAAAAGAUCGUCUCCUACCAGCAGUUCGCAGAGAACCCCUCCAUCAUCGACGACCCCAACCUCGUCAUAAAAAUAGGCUCCAAGUACUACAACUGGAGCACCGCGGCGCCGCUCAUGCUGGCGAUGCAGGCCUUCCAGAAGCCCCUGCCAAAGGCUGCAGUAGAGAACAUCAUGAAGGAGAAGAUGCCCAAGAAAGGAGGGAGGUGGUGGUUCUCUUGGAGAGGCAGAAACAGUAACUCCAAAUCGGCGUCAGUCUCUGAGCUUGGUGCCUGUGGUUCUGCUGAGCAGGUUGGAGAUAUCUCAAACAGGCAUAAAGAAGAGUCUUCGUCAAGUGAUGAAGACCAGAGAACAGCCAACCAGACGGUCCAGUCAGAGCCGACAUCAGGAGGCGUGUCCUAUAAGAAAACUCUCCGACUCACCUCCGAGCAGCUGAUGUCGCUCCAGCUGCACGACGGGCCCAACGACGUCAUCUUCAGCGUGACUACGCAGUACCAGGGAACCUGUCGCUGCCAGGGGACCAUCUACCUCUGGAACUGGGACGACAAGAUAAUAAUCUCUGACAUAGACGGAACCAUCACCAGAUCGGACACGCUGGGUCACAUUCUGCCAACGCUGGGGAAAGACUGGACCCACCAAGGCAUUGCUCAACUCUACCACAAAGUCAGCCAAAAUGGCUACAAGUUCCUGUACUGCUCUGCUCGGGCCAUCGGCAUGGCCGACAUGACCCGGGGGUACCUCAACUGGGUCAACGAGAGAGGCACCAUGCUGCCUAUGGGCCCCGUCCUGCUCAGCCCGAGCAGCCUCUUCUCAGCUCUGCACAGGGAGGUGAUUGAAAAGAAACCAGAGAAGUUCAAGGUGGAGUGUCUCACUGAUAUCAAGAACCUCUUUUACCCCAAUACACAGCCUUUCUACGCAGCAUUUGGCAACAGACCGACGGAUGUUUAUUCCUAUAAAGAAGUAGGAGUCCCACUGAACAGGAUUUUCACAGUUAAUCCUAAAGGUGAACUGGUGCAGGAACAUGCCAAGACCAACAUCUCAUCCUACGUUCGUCUGUGUGAAAUAGUGGACCACGUGUUCCCCCUCAUGAUGCGAGCCUCCUCCUCAGACUUCCCAUGCUCAGACACCUACAGCCACUUCACGUACUGGAGGGAGCAGCUCCCCCACGUGGAGCAGCAGGGAACUACACCCCCACACACUCCCAGCCCCCGCAGCUGACAGCCUGUGGCCGUGUAGCAGGCGCAGCACUGACUGUAUGUGGUACACGUGUGAUGUGAUAUUGUUUUAUAGGAUAUGUCAUGAGUCUGAAUCUGGUGUGAAAUAUACACAAGACGUUUGUUGGCGCACUUUUAUCAAACAUUGCACUAGACGUAUGUAUAUGAGAAAUUCUAGUAAUUUAUUUAGGCAGCUUAGCAUCUUUGGUUUUCUGGAAUGACUAUUUUAGUAAAAAAAAAAUUGUUAUUACCACAUGUGUAUCACACCAUAUAUCUAUGGUCUGUGUUGAGAAGUGCUCACACUCACACAUGUACUUACAUUUGUGCCAAAUUUAUUUUCUUACUCUGAACUUUUAUAAUCGAAGCAGGUAUAGAUUGUUACUCAGCACGGAAAUGCAAACAAUUGCAUGCAGUCUAUUCUUAUUUUAAAGUACAGUAUAAAUAAACUACAUGUAUGGAUUUUUGUGUGUGAAAGAAAUCAGUCAAGUCAGUAUUUAUUAGUAUUUCAAAUAGUAUUACAGAGUUACAGAGAGUGUCUGCUUGACGGCUGCAGUGAGAUGUAUUUGAAAUCAUACACCUAGCUGGUCUUCCAGUGUCUGAGCCUGGUUUCCUGAAUGAAGCUUUAUGCAUUUGAUUCCUUUGUAGGUCAAAGCUAAACGACACUAUGACAAUCGUUUUCAAGCGAGGGCAGUAGAGACAGUAUUAGUGAACACGUUACAGAUUAACAUGAGGUCAAUAAUGUGAUCAUCUACUCAAUGUAUGAGUGAACGGUGUGAAGGGUGUGUCUGUACCUGUUCAGGGAUUUAUGUGUAUGAGGCUGAAACACUGUUAUUCUUUCCAAGAAAGAGUUUAACACAAUCUUAAAAGUGUUUUUGUUUUGGCUUGACUGUUAUAAAAUGCUCCUUCACUCCCUUUGUUCUUUCUGUUGAUCAGUUCAAGGGUUAAAUUGUGUAAUGAGUCAAUAAAAGGUGCUUUGGGAAAACAG